AUGCUUCCAACAUCUGUGGAGAUUGUGCCUGGGGAUGUGGGUGAUCCCUCCACUCUCAAAGCUGCUGUGGAAGGUUGCAACAAAAUAAUAUAUUGUGCCACAGCUCGUUCCUCUAUCACCGGAGAUCUCAAUAGAGUUGAUCAUCAGGGCGUUUACAACCUUACCAAAGCGUUUCAGGACCAGAACAAUAAACUAGCACAACUACGAGCAGGAAAAAGCAGCAAAAGCAAGCUUUUACUUGCAAAAUUCAAGACUGCAGAUUCAUUGAAUGGGUGGGAUGUCCGUCUAGGAACUUAUUUCCAGGAUGAGGUUGCUGCUAAGUAUGAUGGAGGAAUGGACGCUAAAUUUGAGUUCACUGAGAGUGCAGAUGCAGUUUUCUCAGGCUAUGUAUUCACGAGGGGAGGGUAUGUGGAACUUUCAAAACAACUUUCGCUUCCCUUGGGUUGCACUCUUGACAGGUAUGAAGGUCUUUUACUUUCUGUUGGUGGGAAUGGAAGAUCUUAUGUUUUAAUUCUUGAGGCUGGUCCUUCAGCAGACACAACCCAGAGCAAAAUGUAUUUUGCAAGAAUUAGCACAAAAGUAGGAUUUUGCAGGGUGAGAGUACCAUUUUCAUCAUUUCGGCCUGUGAAACUAGAUGAUCUGCCACUGGAUCCAUUCCUUGUACACACCUUGACCAUACGCUUUGAGCCAAGAAGACAGGUCUUUGUUCAAUCGCAGUCACUUCCAUUUGGCUUUACUGGAUAG